UGCUUGAGCAUGGACCAGGGAGAUUGCAGCCCCUGGGACAGCCCUCAGAGCAGUGCCGGAUCCUUCUCACCAUGUUCUCAGACGAACGAAAAGACGGGAGCCCCCGAUUUGGGAAGCUUCACUUUCCUGUUGGCCUUUGGAUCAAUUCUCCGAAGAAACACUUUGCCAAGCUUGGUCGCAGGUGGCCCAGCGUGGGUUCUGUCAAGUCUACGUCCUCAGAUACCACCAGCCGUGGCAGUGAGCCUGUGGAGAUGCGCCCAGCCACCAAGAACAAGGCCAGUCGACACAAGAGGCUCUCAACACUCUUCCAGCGGGGUGUAACUGGAGGGCCAACUGGCGGGGGUGGAGGACGCUGGGCCAGUGAGAAGAAACUGGCCAACUUCAUUGACCCGCUGCCUGAAGACCGAGUCCAGCCCCCAUCGCAGGGGGAAGUGCCAGGAGUCCUGAAAAUCUACGGAGGGGACAUCUCCACGGGUGCUAAUUAUAAGAGCGUGCUGGCAACCGUGCGCUCCACUGCUCGGCAGCUGGUGAUCGAAGCGCUGGAACGCUAUGGUGUGACACAGCCCAAUGCAGAGGAUGCCUAUGUGUUGUGUGAUGUGGUGGGCAGCGUUCAUGGCCCAGACAGCUCCUGGCAGGCCCAGUAUCUUCGGGCGGUGGGCGACUCCGAACGUCCGCUUGUGCUGCAGGAUGUGUGGAAGCCCAAGACCGGCUGCACUCGCCGUUUUGAGAUCCGCAGGCGCUGCGACGUGGAGAGGAUGGCAGAAGGCGAGGAUGAUGAUGGUUCUGGAAUCAACUCCCAGACCCGCCGGCAGCAAUCUCGCCGUUCUCGUGCCGCUUCAGGAGGCAAUGUGGCCCCCAAGGAGAGGGCAGACAACCUCUCACUCCGGCGCAGCAUCAGUGAGAUGAAUCUCAGCACUAAACGCCGCAGGGAACGCAAAAAUGUGCUCAGCAUGGCAGCCGGUGAACCUGCUGAAGGAGGCCCAGCUGAGGAACCACGGGUCAAGGUUGCUGAGGGUGCCGAGGGCCUGUUGGCUGCAGCCUCUGAAGAGACCACUGUGGAUUCGUCCAAUUUAGAACAGCUCUCUCAGUGCCUCAUACAACCGCCAACUGAGCACCCCUAUUUUCUGCAGUUGUUGGGCUACAAUGAAAAACAGGAGUUUGUGAUCCACGUGAUGACCCGUCGCCGACACAUUUUUGGACGCCCAGAACGCCGCCAAGCUGGAGACCAGUCCAGCUACGUGGACACGUUCCUGAGUGCCCCAGACAUCCUUCCACGCCACUGCUGUGUAGUGUCUUCAGUGCCCCCGGCAGACCCCAGCCAGCCCCGGGGCUCAGCUAUGGUGCGGCCCUUCCGUGGGGCAUCCAUAACCCACAACGGCGCCCCUCUCCACCGCCAGGUGGAGCUGGCCCCCGGAGACUUGCUGGGGAUGGGGCAGCAUUUCCUCUUCAUGUACAAGGACCCGCGAGCAGCCCCUGCACCGCCAGCCUGGCUGCCCAAGGCGUGGGUCUCCCCGGGGUUGGUGGGAGCUUUGGCGUGCCAGGCCUGUGGCCGGUCCCUGCAGGAGCGGCAGGAGGCGUUCCGGGCUUACCUCAAGAGCAGAGAGCCUCAGCUGCGCUACCGGCCCCAGGAGCAGGAGGCCCUCCUGGCUGAGAUUGUGCGGCUCCAGGAAGCCCCCGGCUGCCGGCUGGGCCCGGCCUUUCUCUUUGGGCUCUGUCUGGAGCACGCCGCUCGGGAGCUCGAACCGGGUCACCUGCCCAGGUUGAUCGCCAGGAUUGCUCAGCUGGUCAAGGAGGCCGUUUGGGACAAGAUAAAGGAGAUUGGAGAUCGGCAGCCAGAAAACCAGCAAGACUCAGGCGAGGGAGGCAACCUCAGCAUUGAGGAAGUGGCUGCUGACUUGCGCCCCCUGAUGCUCUGGAUGGCCAACUCCAUGGAGCUGCUCAACCUGGUGCAGAAGCGGGUCUUGGACAUUGAAAAGGACCUAGACUUGGAGGGAGUUUCCCACAAUGCUUUGCUCUCCAGUGACCUGGAGACAUGCGAUGAGGCAAUGGCUGUCUUGGAUGAGGUCAUCAUGUCCACGUUCCAGCAGUCUGUGUACUACCUCACUAAGACUUUAUAUUCCAAUCUUCCUGCAUUGCUGGACAGUAAUCCCUUUGCAGCCACAACUGACUUCUCCCACGUGCCGGAGCUCAGCAACAUGCCAGAGGGGAUCCGCGGGACUCUCGCGAUCUACCAGGCUACGCUUGAGCUGACCCGCGAUUGUGACCUGCAUCCCGACCUCGUCUCGCAGACCUUCGGAUACCUCUUCUUUUUCUCCAACGCCUCACUCUUCAACACCCUCAUGGAGAGAGGCAGUUCCCAGUCCCUGUUCCAGUGGGCCAAGGCGGUGCAAAUCCGAACCAACCUGGACCUGGUGCUGGACUGGCUGCAGGGAGUGGGCCUUGGAGACAUUGCCACCGAGUUCUUCCGCAAGCUGAGCACCACGGCCAACCUGCUGUGUGUGCCCAAAAGCAGCCUGCUGCAGUCAUCUUGGUCCCGCCUGAAAAACGACUAUUCAGCCCUGCUGCCAGCCCAGCUCCAGCAUGUGCUCAGGAAUUAUCAACUGGGGCCAGGCCGCCCGGCCCCUGAGUGCUGGGACCCGCCGGAAGAGGAGAGAGACGAAAUUGCACACAGCGAUAUAUUUGAGAGUUUCACCGACCACCCGCCCCUGAUUCUUCCCUGCGACGGUUUCCGCUUGCGUCUCUCGGAGCCCGUGUCUGACGACGGCCUCCAUCGGCAACUUGUACGUCUGCGUCGCUUCCUGUGGGAGCUGGAGCGUGAAUCCCUCCCAGCCAACCAAAGAGCAGUCUAUGGUCUGGAUUCCAGCCAAUGAGAAGGAAGGAACGGCACCCACACUCAAGAUGGUUUCAGGUCCUCAGGAAGCCCUUGUCAGAACGUUUCCCCCCAGUGGGUUUUGGAAGAGGCGGAAGAACCUCAAACCAUUCCGUUUACCUGAUAUGGGGUUGCCCUGAAGUUCAAAGGUCAUUUACCAUGUCCAAGGUCAGGGGGGAAAACUGGCCACCGUUUGCUGUUACCACCUCAGCUCUUUGUCAUCUGAUGUCAGCUGCUUAUUUGAGAGACUACAGCAUUUUUCCCACCUCACACUCGGCUGCUCUUUCGGGCCCCAGUUCACACUGUUUGUCACAAACAAUGUAUUCUUUUCCUCACCCCAAUAAAAUUAUUCACUG